AUGCCCAUCCAGCCUGGCUCCGGAAUUUGGGACGACGACGAGUAUUUUGAGUCUUCUCCCCCGACUGUACUUCCCGUCGCUCCCGUGUAUCAACAGCGUCAGAUCAGAACUCUUGAGUAUAUUUCCCGCAUGGCUCGGGAUAUGGAUGCUCGGGAUCGGAUUCCUGCUUUGCAGGAUAAUGGUCAUGCCAAUGCCGAUGCCGAUGACAAAGAUCAUCAUAGUCAUCACAACACUGAUGCCGACACUUAUGCCAACAGUGACGCCAACACUGAUAUCAACUGUGACGCCAACGAUGAAUACAGUCCAUACCAGAUUAUUCAAACCUACCUCUCAUCCCUGACACCACCCUACAAGGAGAUCUUUCAAACCCUCCAAAGCAAAGAGUGGCCACUGAAGGCGAUCUACACCCUCCUAACCGUCCUCGAACAAAGCCACAUUCACCUGCUCUUCACACUGCGACACAAAGGACGUACCGAGAGUGAGAUCAAAGAGAUCGAAAAGUUAUGUCGGGCUCAUGUUACUGGGUUUGAGGACUUGGCGAUGCCGGAUGAGGCUCUUGGGGUUGAGGAUAUGAGCUUAGAAAUGAUCUGUGGACCCUGGCUUGUUAUCUCCCAACUAUCUAGAGAAGCGAGGCUGGAUGCCAAACAAACGCGCCAUCGAUAG